AUGGGUCCACGUUCUUUAGUCAGGAUCUGUGUGCGUCCUUAUUCAGGGCCAUGUUUUACGGCGUACCGAUUCAUUCAAUUUCUACCACUCAAGAAAGCCUAUGGGACAAGUUCUACCAAUAUAAUCCGACCUUCUUUCUGGAUGAAUAUGCUUCCAAAGCCCUUGCGAGCGAAAAGUCCAACAAAAAGUAAUGACAAGAAAUCUCGAAAUUUGGAAUGGAACCCAGCUACAUUUUUCAUUGUCAUUUUCUUGCUUAUUGGUUCCAACGCAAUUCAAAUGAUUGUGCUCAAAAAAGAUUUUGUCGCUUUUAAUCGCAGAUCCGAAGCAAAGAUUAGGCUUCUCAAAGAAAUCAUUGAAAAAAUACAACGCGGCGAGAGAGUCGAUGUUGAAAAACUGCUUGGAACAGGAAACAAUGAGAUGGAGCAAGAAUGGCAUGAUGUUAUACACCAAAUUCAGAAUGGAGCCAAACCUCCUUUAAAACCCUUCGAAGGACUUGACAAAGAGACUUAUGAUAAAAUCCAAAAAGAUGAAGAUAGAAAUACAAUGCCAGUAUCUUCUAAUAAAAAAUUUGAGAAAAUUAAAAUUCCUCCAGGAUUUUUUUAA